AAAGUCUUCCUUCCGGUGUCUGAGACUCUCAGAAAGGAAAAUGGCGGCUCUCGGACGCGUCUCUCAGAUGUUGCUGAGGUCUUCUUUGACCCAGACCCGGCGUCAGCUCUCCGCUGCUGCUGCCGGCGCACACGGCGAACAAGCGGCCAGGACAUGGAAGAUCCUCACUUUUGUGGUUGCCCUCCCUGGUGUUGCAGUGUGCAUGUUGAACAUGUACCUUAAGGAGCAGCAGCAUUCCCAUGAACAGCCUGAGUUUGUCCCUUACAGCCACCUGCGCAUUCGCAACAAGCGUUUCCCAUGGGGAGAUGGCAACAAAUCGCUCUUCCACAAUCCACACUUGAAUGCUCUUCCCGACGGCUAUGAGGGCCAUGAUGAAUAAACCCUUCCUCCAGACCUCAUAAACGGCAAAGGGACCAGUCCUCACUCAGCAUUCGAUUCUGGACCACAGAUUUACAGCUUACGUUUUAUUUUUGUUGCAUUUACCUCUGUCCUCUCAACAUGGGGCACCCAAACCAACAGUUCCUUUUUACUUUGGACCAUUUAGCAAAAUGUAAAACUGAUCCUGAAUUAACAUAAAUAAAGUAACUAUUACCUCUA